AAAAGUAUCGACUAUCGACGGACUCUUGCACGAACCGCUCCGCGAGGUACGGACCUUUGGCAAUGCGCUUUGUGCCUGGAACUCCAGCAAGAUAAGCGUGUCGAGCGUGUCCACGUUAUCCUGCAGUCGCGGUUCUCACCGACCCACGGGAUCCUCGUGAAAAGUCAAUAUCGGGAGAGCGGAGCUACGACCACACGCUCCUAAUUCUGCGCUAUAAGGACACACACAACGCGCAAUUGCGAUUUUGCACCUCCACGAUGAGUGUCACACUAAGACACCUGAAGACUUUACUAUAAAUUAGCCAAAAUACCGACUAGUUGACGGUGUCGUGGUGUCGACAACAAUUAAAAAACCCGCAGCACUUGACAGAUCAAUAUGACAGAAAAAAAUACCACAUGUUGCUUUGCGCAGUGCGCUAAGACCUUCCCACCUAGCGCUGUCUCAAACUCCACACUGAUUAGACAAAGAUACGCGAUAGCGACGCACGUGGAUCCUCCCACCUGAAAACAAAUGCUAGCCAACUAACAGCUGAUUUGACACAAUAACGUAUCUAAUCUGAUAUUUUUACACAUUUUUCAUUUUUGCCUGACUAACAUUUAACAUAAAACUUGCCCUUUAGACAUGUACCUCAAAGUAAUAAUUAAAAACUGCUCAUUAAUUUAUUAUCAACGCCAACGUGACUUGUCAAAAUUAAGGCGAUAUGGCCCGGUUUUUAUCGGAGGCUUCGCCCUUUUCUCAUCCCGCAAAACAAAAAUAGACACUAGCACCUUCAUGGCACCACCUAUAACCCCCUUGCCCCAACUAGAGAAGACCCCCGAUGACAUGAAAACCCGUAUGGAACUGAUGGUGCUUCGAGUCCAGGCUGAAGCUUGUAAAGCUUUGGAGGAGGAAGACCACUGUAACAAAUUCUUGGUGGAUAAGUGGGAGCGUCACGACGGCCGCGGCGGUGGUAUAACUUGUGUCCUCCAAGAAGGUAAAGUCUUUGAGAAAGCUGGAGUCAACAUUUCGGUCAUUUCCGGGAAUUUGACUCCCGGCAUCGUGGCGCAGAUGCGGGCGCGAGGCAAAGAAUUGAAACGGGAGAAUCCCCCGUUUUCCGUUAUCGGGAUUAGUGCUGUGAUUCACCCGAAAAACCCAAUGGUGCCAACUGUACAUUUCAAUUACCGGUAUUUUGAAAUCCAGGAUGAGGAUAAGGUUGUAUGGUGGUUUGGGGGUGGAAGUGACCUCACUCCCUACUAUCUGAACAAGGCUGAUGCUAUACAUUUUCACUCUGCGCUUAAAGAUACUUGUGAUAAACAUGACAAAAGUUAUUAUCCUAAGUUUAAGAAGUGGUGCGAUGAUUAUUUCACAAUUCAUCAUCGCAAAGAAACGAGAGGUAUUGGGGGGAUAUUUUUCGAUGAUUUGGAUACUCCAGAUAGGGAAUCUUGUUUCAAGUUUGCUACUGAUUGUGCUGUUGCUUUCAUUCCCUCGUACAUUCCUUUAGUGCAAAGGCAUAAACAUGCCGUGUACACCGAGACUGAAAGAAACUGGCAAUUGUUAAGACGAGGACGCUAUGUUGAGUUUAAUUUAGUUUGGGAUAGAGGUACCAAGUUCGGCUUUAAUACACCUGAUGCUAGGUUUGAAAGCAUUUUAAUGUCAUUACCUCUCUUGGCGAGGUGGGAAUACAUGCACCAACCAGCUCCUGAAUCACCUGAAGGAGAACUACUUAAAGUUUUAAAAAAUCCCAAAGACUGGAUUGAAGAGUGUUCUUGCACAGAUCAUCAGAUAAAAUAGUUCGUUUUUAAAGGUUUUGAUAAAUAUUUGAAAAAUAUAAAGUUUUAUUUA